AAUUUAUUUGCAGAUUCAAUCUUCCAACUCUUUUGACAUAAGAGCCCAAACAGCUAAAAUAAAAAUGGCCACUUUUAAAUUCGAUAUACGGAGCAUUUUCACUCAACCGAUUGUUAAAAUUUCAUCUAACUUACUGCCUCACACGUUCCGUGGUGAUAGAAGAAUGGCCCUGGAUGUCAGUUCAAAAGUAUCUGAAAUUAUAAACCAUCUGGGAGAACUUUCGGCCGUAGCACAGAAGCUGUCUAAACCCGUCACAUCAUCUCAGAAGUUACGCAUGUCGGAAAGUCAAACAGUUUAUCUUAUUGCAGAUAUAGGUGGAUAUGAUGGAGACGUUGUAGUAGGACUUUUAAAAGUUGGCACCAAAAAUUUAUAUCUGUUUGAUAGUCUGGCUCAGACAAAGAAAGUCGACAAUUCUCCUUGUAUACUUGAUUUUUACGUCCACGAAUCCCGACAGCGCACAGGACUUGGAAAGAAAUUAUUCGACAUUAUGCUGGCUGAGGAAAAUUGGAUUCCAGUUAAAUGCUCCGUUGAUAGACCAUCUGAAAAAUUGUUACAAUUUUUAAAGAAACACUAUGGUCUGGAAAUCAUUAUACCACAGGCAAAUAAAUUUGUGCUCUAUCAGGGAUUUUUCGAUGACGAUACAACUGCGAACAGGUACAUUUAUAUCCCGAAAUAAAGGUGAGGCUUGUUCGAGAUGCAAUCACAACCGCAGUGUUGCGAGAAUUAUUAAAGUAACACGCUCGGUGGGAAUUACGAAACACGUAAUCAGUAAUGCCGCUUUUAUUACGUGUCUCGAACAGGCCCGUGUUGACACCAUCUGUUUUUCUGCAAAGUAUUUUAAUUUUGUAAAAUGAAUAAAAAUUAUGACCCCAUACAGUGAUCGGACUUCUACACAUUGUGGUAGAUCUGCCACUUUUUUGAGUACCUACCACAUCUACCAGCCAAGGUCUGAAAUCUACCACAUAUUCGCGUUUUGAAGAAGUUUCAUUUUUGCUCGAUAUAAUGAUAUAGUACAAGAUUCCGUAUUCCCGACGGCGAUGAAAUUGCUCAAGUAAAAGUAAACAAAGC